AACAAUAUUGCUGAGAAUCUCUAAAUUAUAAAUCAUGUAUAGAAAUUAUUUCAACAUUUUAAAUGGUGACAUUUCUAUUCACUGGCUUAUUGAGCCCUACAACAGCUCUGUGGUGAAUGCAGUUUCAAAAAUAGUUUAACCUGGCAUUUUCUGAAAUUCUUUUGUGCUCUGUUUCUGAAAAAUGGGAGGAGGGAAGAGCCUUAAAAUAAAACUGAUUUUUAAUGAGAACAUUCACAAAUUAAUCAAUAUAAUGUAUUGGACUGGGGUUUGGUUUACUGCCGUUCAGACUCUAGUCAUCUAAGCACCUUGUUUAUUAUGAAACCUUAUCUAAGUCACAACUCAUUGCUCCAUUGCAGCAACACUCCCAGAGGGUGACAGGCCACAGGUACCCGGGUGAGACCAUGUUAUAUGCAGAGUUUCACCUACUAUUUGUAUUGUAAGCCAUCUUUACCCCACCUCCUUGUCCUGAACAGAACUGAGUGCAGAUCAGAUGGCCCACAGAAUACUUUAAACUGAACUACAGAGUGAACAUUAUGAGAAUACUACAUUGUGACACUGUAUGGAGGCAGGGUUAGAGACCUGGUGGUUAUCUGAGUGUGACUCUGUGGCUUAUUGUGGGAAUGCAACUCAACUCUGAAUUUCCUGAGUUUCUAAUCUUUGGGUUUGUGUUAUAACUAGAACACUCUUGUAAGGUGGACAAACUGUGACAGGGUGUAUUCGGUCAUUGUGGCUCUCUGCUGAGUCCACCACAGACCUACUACCCCUGUCCCAAGAAGUAGCAAGCUGGGAGAAGAACAGCAGUGAAGGUGACUCCUCCAAGCUUUCCUAGAGAGGACUCUCUGGAGCAGCCAUUUUGGAAACCACAGAGACUUGGUCCUCCAAGGGCAAAAGGGACUAGCAAUAGCCAAUCAGGGGCCAUGCUGGCCCAAAUAAAAAGGGCUGCCUGGGUUUAGCAGUUUAGCUCCUGGCUGGGAGUGGAGGAGGGAAGAAGUGGGUUUGUACCUGGCUGGAGUAGCCAGCAAUCAGACAGCAUUCAUGCUAGGCUGAAUUUCCAUAGCUGGAAUCACAGAGGGAGAAGGACCUGGGGAUGCUGGACCUGAGAUAGGGCUAGAGAUAAAGGGGCCAGGUAGAAAGAGGCCCAGGGAAACAGCAGUGAAGGACUGAGGGAAGUGAUAUGUGGCUGCUGGUUGUAGGAUCCCUGGGCUGGAAACCAGAGUAGUGGGUGGCCUGGGUUCCUUCACCAGCCACAGGUAAAGUAGUGUAUGACCCAAGAAGGGGGCAAGGCUUAGCUGCAAGCCUGAACAAUUUAAAGGGCCCAGAACCAGGUUGAAGAUCCUAGUGAGGGCAAAUAGCCUGUUUGUUUACUGGAAUCUUUAAUACCCCACAAGGGGUUCAUUUCAAUGUUGUGACUUGGCCAGAGGGCCAAAUCACUGAAAACCCACCAAUGUUGUCCUGCAGCCUGCAGGGAGCACCGGGGGUGAGAAAAGGCCUAUGGUACCACACCAAGCUGCUCAGAGGUGCUCAAGAGGUCCUGGCUCCCAGUGUUCAAGCUGGUUCUAUGUUGCUCUAGUCGUGGGUCUUAUCGCACUGGUUUUCAUGGCUGUUCUAAUCACUAUUUUCUGGAGGGGAAAUUGUAAGAGUCCAUCCACGCUCAGGACAACCUGCACUGAAAACAGUACAUCUUCAGGGGAAUCUCCAUGCACAGGGAGAUGCUCGAUGACAAUCAGUGGAUUAAUGGACGAUCUGUGUGAAGAUAGAGAGGGAAGAACUGCGUGUCUGCUCUGCCCCCCAGGGUGGAUGCUGCACAGGGGGAGAUGUUACUAUUUCUCAGAGCAGCUGGGGACCUGGGAUGCCAGUAUGCAAAAUUGUUCAGGCAGGAAAUCCCAGCUGCUUGUUGUUGAAGAUGAGGCUGAGAUGGAAUUUAUAGCAACCAGAACAGAAAAGAAAUAUUUCUGGAUUGGAUUAAACUUUCAAGAGAAAGAGGGAAGAUGGAUGUGGCUUGGUGACUCCCAGUUAGAAGGGCCCAGGCUGAGCUCGGUGAUGGAAAAUGGAACUGUAGAUGGCACAAACUGUUGUGCUUUCAACAAGGAGAAGUUACAGCCUGAGAGGUGCCCGAAUUUACACAGAUGGAUCUGCAAGAAAAAUGCAACCAUGCUGGCUCCCUGGAACACCCCAGAACAUCAGACACCGUCCCUUGUAGAAUGAUGCAUUUUCUUGUAUUUUGUGAUAUUUUAAUGUAAAUAAUCAUAAGAGCAUUGCACAGAAACCAUAGCAUUCGGCAAUCCUGUGUCGAUUGACCACUGGCUGCAUUAGGGAUAGGUUUGUAUUGUAACCCCCUGUAGCUCCUGGAGUCCAAGACUAGAGGAUGUUUAGCUAAACAGAUUAUAAUAAUUGAUGCACGAUAAAUAAGCUAAUAGCACAUUCGAUCCAGGGCCGGGCCUUUACCCUUCAGCUCGAGCAAGCUCAUCCCGUUUUAUUCACCUGUUCAGAUUCCAAAUGCUUUUCGUUUUAGGCCAAUCUGUUUCUCUUAAGAUUUAGUGCCAAAUGACAUCUACAUAAACACGGAAAUGCCUGUGACUAUUUGCUCUGUAUUAAGAAAUGACUCAUAAACAUCUCUUUUUUUGCUUACUUUCAACUUUUGUUGUAUUAAGAUUUUCAAGAAGAAACUCUUAUGCAAUGGAAGGUUAUUUCCUGCUCCUUGGUGCAGCUGCAUUAGCAGGAACCAUUUUGGUUCCUCUGACCAGCCGUGCCCAAAGAUGACUUGUGUGUACAUUGUGAGUAAAUGUCAAUAUUAACUAGACAGGAAAAAUACUCUUCUAACACUUGGGGAAGGCACUUUGGCCCAGAUCAUAGAAUCAUAGAAGUGAAUGACUGUCCCUGUACUCCUGUCCCCUGUACUCAAAGCAGGACUAAGGAAUAACUAGACCAGGGGUUGGCAAGUGGGAGCUCCGGGAAGCGAACCACAGCCACUGGGAGCUGUGAAAGGCUGUGCCUGCGGACGGUCAGUGUAAACAAAAUGUCUCGCGGCCUGCCAGUGAAUUACCCUGAAGGGCCACGUGCCGAAGGUGGCCGACCCCUGAACUAGACCAUUCCUGACAGGUGUUUGUUCAACCUGUUCUUGAAAAACUCCAAUAAUAGAGAUUCCAUAACCUCCUUAGGUAAACUAUUCCCGUGCUUAGCAUCCCUGACAGUAAGUUAGUUUUUCCUAAUGUCCAUCCUAAAUCGCCCUUGCUGUAAUUUAAGCCCAUUGCUUCUUGUCCUAUCCUCAGAGGUUAAGGAGAACAAUUUUUCACUCUCCUCCUUAUAACAUCCUUUUACAUACUUGAAAACUGUUAUCAUUUCCCUGCUCAGUCUUCUCUUCUCCAGAUUAAACAAACCCGUUUUUGUCAGUCUUCCCUCAUAGGUCAUGUCCUCCAAACCUUUAAUCAUUUUUGUUGCUCUUUUAUGGACUUUCUCCAAUUUUUGUCCAUAUCUUUCCUGAAGUGUGGCACCCAGAACUGGACACAGUGCUCCAGCUUACACCUAAUCGGUACAGAGUAAAGCGGAUCCACAUAGGAAAUUAGGCUUUUAACAUCCCUUGAUUUCAGUGGAGGUUAGGAGUCUAAGUAGAUUUGUGGAGCUGGGUGAUUAAAUGACUCUCCCAAGGUCACACAAGAAAUCUAUGGCAGAGGUGGCAAUUGGAUUUAAAACUCCUGAGAGACAAUCUAGUGUUCUAAUUUUCUUCCUUGAAUUCUUCCAAGAACAUGCACCUUGUUUGUAGAGAGAGGAGGUUGUUUUCACCAGAUCCCCAGUUAUUGUUCUAUUUAAUUCCCAAGAUACAAUAGAUGUCUUCAUUAUUUCUGAAAAAGACCUCAUUUAAUUAAGUGAUUACUGUGUAAGAUUCUUUGUUGCAUUAGAUGCUUGCUUUGUGUCUGACCUUAAUGCAACAAGGUUACAACCUGCCUUUGGGAGAGGAGUGUGGCUAUGUGCUUAGAGACAGGAUAACCACAGCUAGAACAAUCAAUCAAUCUGAAAGAUUUGUGCUUAGAGACAGGAUAACCACAGCUAGAACAAUCAAUCAAUCUGAAAGAUUUGACCUGAUCUGCCACAUUAGAGACUGGGGUGAAAUCCCGGCCCCAGUGAUGUCAAUGGCAAAAUGCCCACUAACUUUAAGGAGGUCAGGAUUUCACCUUAGGGUUCUACUUCUAACCGAGCCUGCAGUGAGCUUGAAUAACCUCUCUCUAUUUACUUUAAAAUGUAGUAUGUGUGCAGCAUUUUAGACUGGAUUGUUCCCAUGGCGUUGGUCAAUAACACAAAGAGCAAUUAGCAGAGGUGAUACAAACUCAUAGCAAACACUAUCAAUGUCUAACUGACAUUGUUGAAAGUGGCCCAUGAGGAGCAAUCAGUGGAGCCAACCAUCGAUCCCUGAGCAUUUCAGAUUCCUUGCAAAGGGGUUUUACAAAAGGUGAGACAACCCAAUGAAAAACAACAAAAAGGAGUGAUUUUCAACUCUCCUUAUUCUCCCUGUAUCAAUCUGCUGUUCUCCAAGCCAAAAGGUGCUGUUCAAAAGGUGCUUAAAAUUUGCCAUUCUUAAGAUUUUUAUGAAAUAAAGAUUUAAAAUUCCAGUGAAAGAGAAACCUCCGCAACAGCUUUAACUGUGCUGUUCAGACAAGCUCCAGCAUGGCACAACACUGUGUUCUUCUCGUUGAAGUAUCUCAACACCUUGAGGAACAAUCCUCAGAUCUCCACCAGCCGCCCCCUCCCCCCCAAAAUCUUAUCCUCUUUUUCCACAGCUGGAACUCAAUGUGCUUUCUCUUCUGCACAGGUGAAGAGGCAGGAAGGAGUCAGUUCUAAGCAAAUUUCCUCCCAGUGCUGGAGACCUGGGGCCUCAUUCCCCACUUCAUGACUCCAGAUUUACACCUCUGUGAGACCAUAGGUUUUAAUGGUUUUACCAAUGUAAAACUGAAAUAACACAGUGGUGCAUGAGGCUCCUGAUCUGUUCAGAACCAUCCUACCAACUGGGCACACAAGGAAGUGAACCCAGCUAAUUGCUCCUAUAACUGCCAUAGGAGCCACAGGAGCGAGAAUUGAUGGAGUUGAUGCUCCUUUCAGCAACCAUAAACAUUGAAGUGUAAAUGACCAUUUAACAUUUACCUGUGUAAAUCAAGAGUCACUCCACUGCCUCAUGGAGUUAAUGAGAGGAGCAUCAGGUGGGUGCAUUCUUCUAAAGGUGCAGAGCAGCCUUCAUUCUCCUGCGCCUUUAAAAAACAGUGGUGUCAGACCAGAGAACAUUCUAAGUGUGUUUCUCCUUCAGUGCUUUCUGGUGUACAAUUUCACUGCAAAGCACCAGGACAGGCCUGCUGCUCAGAUUAUACAACCUGGAGAAAGGGUGGGAGAAUGUAUGCCUCCAUGUAGGUUCACACACAGUCUGACACUACCAACACAUGUACCCAUGUUGGUCUGAGUAACUUAAAAGGCUACUUUCUUUCACCAGCAAAAGUUGGUCCAGUGAAAGAUAUUACUUCUCCCACCUUGUCUACUUUUGACACAGUCUGGCAAAUACAAGGUAUUUCGGGGGCCGGGGCCAACCACAUUGCUAGUUUCAUGAUGGUAGCACCUAGGGGUCCAUAGAGCCAAACACGAGAAUAACCCUGCCCAGAAGAAUGUACAGUUCAAACAGAACAGACAAAAGGUGAGAGAAAGGAAAUACUUUUCUCCCCUGUUUGGAGAUGGGGAAGUGAGGCAGAGAGAGGGGAAGGAAGCCACUAAGCCAUUUCCACUGGCAUUUUCAAUAUAUUUGAUGGUCACUGGAACUAAAAUUCAGCUUGUUUAGUUCUACAUUACUCAGUGUUCUGCUGAAGUAAAAACAUAUUUUUGUGAGUCUGCUGUGUCUAUAAAUGCCUCUUCCUGCCUCUUCAUAGAUUCCUAGAUUUUAAGGCAACUGGAGCCAUCUAGCCUGAGCCCUGCACAACACAGGAUUUCACAUAUUCAUUUCGGCAUGAAGCCCAUAAGUUCUAUCUGAGCAAGAGCACAUCUUUUACAAAGAUUGCUUUGAAGCCAAGGGCUGUGGCACAAGCUCCAUCCUCCAUCAGUACUCUAGGUCCUUUUUAUGAAUGUAGGACCUUUGCCUCCAGCAAGAGAACAGCUUCUGUUCAGUUCACAACAACUUUAGUGCAAUUUUCCCCUAGGCUACAAUUCAAACUAAUAAUUCUUCACUAGAGCAGUUACAACAAUGAAAGCCAUGGUGGAAGCUGCAGUUUAAGAAUGUUGCAGGCAUUUUACCACCAUGUGGUAGGAUUAGAUAAUAUCCAGGGAAACAGCUGGACCCUCUGAGUAUUACA